CCUUCGCGAAUCCAACGCGAAAACUUCAGGCGACGCAGCGACGCAGUUCAGAUCGGCAACGUAGAUCUUCAGGCGACAGUUCAGACUUGCGACUCGUCGCCGACUCGCCGAUUUUGUUCGAUCUAUUCGCAAAGAAUGUCCAAGUCAAUCAAACCCUCGCUCAACUCUCGGUAUUUCUUGGCUAAAUCGUGCGUGUGGUUUUUGGCGUGAGAAUAUGGGUAAUAUAUAUCCCAAACAAAUUCAGUAUUUGAGCAUAGCAGCCAUGGAGGCGCAAAGCAAUGUCGAUGAAGCGCCGAAACAGAGGACUAAACACAAGGGUAAACACGACAAAGAUAAGCCAUGGGAUGACUCCAGUAUCGACCAUUGGAAAGUUGAAAAAUUCGACCCUUCUUGGAAUGAAACUGGCAUGCUCGAAGUCAGCUCUUUCUCUACCAUUUUCCCCCAAUAUCGAGAAAAAUAUUUGCAAGAUGUUUGGCCAACUGUGAAGGCUGCUUUGCGUGAGCAUGGUAUUUCAUGUGAGCUUAAUUUGGUUGAAGGAACUAUGACUGUUUCAACAACUAGGAAGACCAGGGAUCCAUACAUUAUAGUGAAAUCAAGGGACCUCAUUAAACUUUUAUCAAGAAGCGUUCCUGCACCUCAGGCAAUCAAGAUACUGGAUGAUGAAAUGCAAUGUGACAUAAUCAAGAUUGGUAAUUUAGUGAGAAAUAAGGCGCGCUUUGUCAAACGGCGGCAACAUCUUCUUGGUCCUAACAAUUCUACUUUGAAGGCACUUGAAAUCUUGACGGGCUGCUACAUCCUUGUUCAGGGAAACACAGUAGCAUCUAUGGGAUCUUUUAAAGGAUUGAAACAAGUCAGAAGAAUUGUAGAAGACUGCAUACAGAACAAAAUGCAUCCAAUAUAUCAUAUCAAGAUUCUCAUGAUGAAGAAGGAACUCGCCAAGGAUCCCACCCUUGAAAACGAGAAUUGGGAUAGGUUUCUGCCGCAGUUCAAAAAGAAGAAUGUUCAGAAGAAGAAAGGUAAGGGUAGAAAGAAACCGUAUACGCCAUUCCCCCCUCCACAACAGCCUAGCAAGAUUGACCAACAACUGGAGACUGGCGAGUACUUCUUGAGUGAGGAAAAAAAGUCGGCGAAGAAGUGGCAAGAAAAGGAAGUAAAACAGGCUGAGAAAUCAGCUGAAAACAAACGAAAAAGAGAGGCUGCCUUUAUUCCACCUGAGGAGCCUGUGAUGCAAGGCCAUAAGAGUACAACAGAUGAUAAAACUGAUGUCAACGCCAUGGCACAGUCAUUGAAGCAAAAAGCAAAAGAAAUUGUGAAGCAGAAAAAUGUCAAGAAUCUGGAUCCUCAAGCUUAUAUAGCUGGUUCAGAAGCACCACCCUCAAAGAAAAAGAUGAAAAAGUCCAAAUCUUAACCGAUGAAUCUUGGACUUGUUGUCAUUGAUUGUCCAACAUACUUAACAUCGUUUCACUGAGUAGUCCAUGUUUGUCAAUUUUGAUCUCAGUGAGACUAAUUAAAGCGUGAACAUUAGAUUAGGUCAAUGUGGAUUUCAUAGUCCAAAAGUCCAACUCCAGUUUGUAAUCAAGAAAAAGAAAUCUUCCAUUCAAAAGCCAAAUGUCUUCACUUAACCGUAUUUACUAAAUUUAUAAGGAGACACUUUUGCCUAAAUGAACAAAUUUUUUUACUCAA